AUGGCGUCUACUCUUCUGAAUUCUUUUGUUUAUCUGAGGGAGAUUAAUCCUGCUCUAGAACAAUACAAGAUUAAAAAACGCGUGGUUAGGCUUUGGAGAUUGUUUAAAUCUAUAGAGAUGGUUCUGGUGGAUGGAGAGGGAACAAGAAUCCAUGCGUCCAUCGAAGAGGGAUUGGUUAAGAGGUUUCAGCACCAGCUUGUUAAUGGUGAAAGUAGAAUUAUCGACACUUUCAGUUUUGUUGAUUAUGACGAUGUACUUGGACAAAUCGUUGAUGUGUGGGAAGUCAAUAGCGUUAAAGCGAAAGGCAAAGAUACUGUUAAAUUGAGUUUCGAAUUACAGGAUUUGGGGUUACCGCCUGGACGUGAGGAUUUGAUCCAUGUAGACUGUGAAGUUAAAACGAACAGGCUGCGAAUCUGUUUCGUCGAGGCUAUGCCUAAAUGGUACUAUAUUGCAUACAAAGUAUGUGGUAAGAAGGUUCAGCCGUAUCCACAGGGUUCUCAUGGCGACGCUAGUCCUAUCUACAGUUGUGGUGUAUGCGAUUGUGACGUUACUAACGUUAAUUAUAGGUAUAAGCUCAUUCUGCGUGCUUCUUAUGGAGCUUCGCCUGAGGUUAAAUUGCUCAUCUUUGAUGGGUUGGCUCAACGUCUUAUUGGUAAAACGACUGCUAUGCUGUUUGCCGAAGUUCCAGAGUCGGACCCUUCUAUUUUAUCCGACGUUCUUGCUGAUUUAAUGGGAAAAAUCCAUGAGAUGAUCGUUGUGAGUAAUAGUGUAUGUGAUAUCAUCAAGUCGAACAUUGAGAUGAUAGAGUCGUCCACUGUGGAUGUCAGUCUUUCUACAGAUAAAAGGGUCUUUGAUGACUUGAAACCGAAACCGGACACGGGUAAAAAGGUGUUUACAAGAAAGAAGCCCAAACUCGAGAAGCUUACUUAA